ACCAUCUUCAUUUCCUACUAAUUCAUUCUGCUUGUGUCAAGUGUUCUUCUUCAGUUUAUUGCAUCAGAUUUAAACUUAGAGUUUUUAUCUUGUAAAAGUAAAAAUCAACCAAAGAAAAUGGCAACUGCAGUGACUAAAGCUGCUGCAAUGGUGUCGAUGAUGAUGAUGCUUUUGAGCGUAACAUGCCAAGCACAGCUUUCUUCUACAUUCUAUGCAAACACUUGUCCAAAUGCACUCAGUACUAUUCGGACUACCAUUAGAUCUGCUAUUGCAGCUGAGCGUAGAAUGGCAGCAUCACUGAUUCGCCUUCAUUUCCAUGACUGCUUUGUUCAGGGAUGUGAUGCCUCGAUUUUACUAGACGAUGCUCCGUCCAUCAUUGGCGAGAAAACUGCAUUGCAGAAUAAUAAUUCUGCAAGAGGUUAUGAAGUUAUUGACAAAGCCAAAGCUGAGGUAGAGAAGGUGUGUCCUGGAGUUGUAUCCUGUGCAGAUAUACUCGCAGUUGCAGCAAGAGAUGCAUCCGAAUAUGUAGGCAGUCCAACAUGGACAGUUAAGCUUGGGAGAAGAGAUUCUACCACUGCAAGUCGAAGCCUAGCUGAGAGUAACCUCCCCCGUUUCACAGAUGAUCUUGUUAGCCUUGUUUCUCUCUUUGGAAACAAAGGCUUGAGUGCUAGAGACAUGGUUGCUUUGUCAGGUUCUCAUACGAUAGGACAGGCUCAGUGUGUCACAUUCAGAGAUAGGAUAUACAACAAUGCAAGUGACAUUGAUGCAGGAUUUGCAAGCACUCGCAGACGCAAUUGCCCUGCCAGUACUGAUCAAGGCAACACUAACUUGGCACCACUUGAUCUAGUAACACCCAAUUCCUUUGACAACAACUACUUCAAGAACCUGCUGCAAAAGAAGGGCCUCCUCCAAUCUGAUCAGGUGCUCUUCAGCGGUGGAUCCACUGAUAUCAUAGUUUCUGAAUACAGUAGGAAUCCGUCAACUUUCAAGUCUGAUUUCGCAGCUGCCAUGAUCAAGAUGGGAGAUAUAGACCCACUAACUGGUUCAAAAGGGAUCAUAAGGAAGGUUUGCAGUGUGGUGGCCUAAAAUUUGUUAAAACUGAAAGUUUCCUUUGAUAAUUGUUGAUGUUUGUUCAGUUUGUUGUAAAUUAGCCAUUACAUUUAGUUCUUUCAAAUGUAAAAAAAAUUUCAGAUGAUCUCCAUUUUUCUUAAUAAUAAUGAAAAAUUCCU